AACAGGUUGCAGGUGCUACCUGCGAACGUCUUUCAAAAUACCGGAAAGUUGCGAGAACUGAACCUUUAUAGAAAUCAGUUGAAAGAACUUCAUGUCGACCUUUUCAUACAGCUUUUCGAUCUCGUAAGAAUUUCUUUAUACACAAAUCAGCUCGAGACCAUACAUCCACGUCUCUUCCGUAACAAUAGAGCCUUGACAGAAUUAUACCUACGCGAGAACCAGUUUGGAGAACUGCAUGGCGACAUUUUCGGAAAUCUCAAUAAUCUGGAAAUUUUGCAUUUACAUUCAAAUAAGCUCAAGGUGCUGCCGGCAGACACCUUCCGAAAUAAUGAAAAAUUGCGGGAUCUCAGCCUAUUUUAUAAUCAGUUAAAAGAAGUUUUCAAAAAUCUGAUCAAUUUGGAGACUCUUUAUUUGCAUAUAAACAAGAUCGAGUUGCUACCCGCUGACAUCUUCCGAAAUAAUGGAAAGUUGCGAGAAAUCAAUCUUUCUCGAAAUCAGUUCAAAGAACUUCAUGGUGAUCUCUUCAAAGAACUGCACAAUCUAAAACAAAUUGAUUUAGGUCAAAAUGAACUCAAGACCUUACCUCCAGAUCUAUUCCACAACAAUAGUAAUGUGUUAGUAUUAGAACUUCCCGAUAAUCUGUUGGUAGAACUACAUGACGACGUUCUCGCGACGCUCGUCAAUCUGGAAACCCUGCUUGUACAUUCGAAUAAGCUAGAGGUGCUACCUGCAGACACUUUCCGAAAAAAAAAAUUGCAACGUCUUAGCCUUACUAACAAUCAGCUGAAAGUACUUGACGCUGAUCAUUUCGAACAGCUCAUAAAUCUGGAGGAAAUUUAUUUUAAAAAAACAAUCAAUUCGAGAUCAUACUUCCAGGCCUGUUUCGUAACAAUAUAAAAUUGACCACAAUAGAUCUUUCCUACAAUCAUCUAAAAGAAAUCCGUUUCGAUGGGUUGCCAAAUCUCGAAUACCUCUGGUUACACAGUAACAAUCUGAAAACCUUACCCUCAGACGCA